AUGCGUCGCAUUUUUUCAAAUGUGCGCUUUCUCAGCACAAAACAGCCCACUGUUCGAUUUCCAGACGCCAAAAGAAAAACCAUAGAAGAUGUUUUAGGAGAGUCCAAGCCAAAGGAGGCAAUUACAGUGCAACAAAGCGUGGACGAAUUCCAAGAUUUAUCUGGUGUGCCUGAAGAACACAAGAGCGAACGCCGAGCUAUUAUUUUUCGCCCAGUCAGAAAUGCUAUGCAAAGUGGAUGGAAUGGAACUCAAAUCUGGAAAAUCGAGUUAGAUAACCAAGAACGAUGGGAAAACCCUCUUAUGGGAUGGUCCUCUACGUGAGUAGUGCAAUCUUAAAUAAAACUUAUUAGAGCUGACCCAUUGAGCAAUAUCUCCAUGAAUCUGGACUUCGCUUCUCAAGAAGAUGCCAUCAGUUUCUGUGAAAAAAAUCAAUGGCCAUAUGAAGUGGAAACUCCACAGGAACGCCAGAUUAAGCCCAAGAAUUACGGUUCCAAUUUUCAUUGGAACAAACGUACUCGAGUUGGUACGAAAUAG